UCAGUUGCGCAGGCGCAGACGCGGCGUCAAACAUCAGACCCUCUCAAUCGAGCCAGAGAGCUUUCGUGUCGAUGCCACCAGUGUCCCGUUUCUGCUAAACCGUCGGGACCAAGUUUGACGCCGCAAAAUGUUCUUGUCUGCAGCUGCGCGCUCUGUUGUGUCACAGGCGGCCAGGCAGGUCAGAAGUCUGCAUCGGUCUGCUGCACGCGCUGGAGCUGGCGGCAUCUUUGUGCACAGAGAUACUCCAGACAACAAUCCUGACACUCCGUUUGAGUUCACUGAACAUAACAAAAAGAGGAUAGAGGCGAUUCUGUCUAUGUACCCUGAAGGACACAAACAAGCAGCCACGAUCCCAGUCUUGGAUUUGGCCCAGAGGCAACAUGGAUGGCUUCCUAUCUCCGCAAUGAACAAGGUUGCCGAGGUUCUGGGUGUUGCACCAAUGAGAGUGUAUGAAGUAGCGACAUUCUAUACCAUGUUCCUGCGUCAGCCUGUGGGAAAAUACUUCAUUCAGAUCUGCACAACAACACCAUGCAUGCUCUGCAACUCGGACAGUAUUCUGGAAGCCAUCCAAAACAAACUGGGUAUCAAGGUUGGAGAGACGACUCCAGACAAGAUGUUCACUCUAAUAGAGGUGGAAUGCCUGGGUGCUUGUGUAAAUGCUCCAAUGGUCCAGAUCAAUGACAACUAUUAUGAGGACCUUACACCAAAGGAUAUUGAGAAUAUUAUUGAUGAACUUAAGGCAGGGAGAGUACCACCACCAGGACCCAGGAAUGGCCGUUUCUCCUGUGAGCCUGCAGGAGGACUGACUUCCCUGACAGCACCUCCGAAUGGACCAGGGUUUGGUGUACGAUCUGACCUGUAAACGUCUUUAAGAUAUUUUUUUUUUCUUUCUGCUUCAUCUGGAAGUGGUUCCUGCAGAUGUUAAAAUAAAAAUGACUGUAAAUAAAAUGUCCUAUACCUUG